AUCACGCUCCGACAACAAACAAAAGAUCGAGGCUAGCCGAGCCUAAUAUACUUUUCUCGAUCUGUCUUGCUUGACGUCUGCAGUUACUUCGCUUCGCAUUCAGACCUCCUCGUCUGUGUUUUUACUACUUUCCACUGAUCGUCUGAGCCAGAUUGUCCUCAUCUAUAGUCCGUUCUUUCUGGCUUUUUGUCUGCUAAUGUCAAGCUGAGCCAUUUCAGAGAUCGCUUUGCCUUUGCUGGCCAAGCUAAACGUGUUAGCCAGGUUAGCCCGUCGGCUAACCUGUUCUGGCUGCCUCUCCGCGGCCAGGGGAGCCAGUUUAAGCCUAGCCUGGUAGCUAGUUAGCUUUGCUCAACCCACUUUAAAACUUGACACUGACAGACCCCCGCGGUUUUGGCUUGUUCCCGACAAGCCACAUCACUAAAAAGCCGCGUCGAAGCCAUGUCUGGACAGUCGACAGGCUGUGGGUUUCUGAUGUCUGUUGUUGUCCACGGAGACUCGGCUCUGAACGAGCAGGAAAAAGAGCUCAACCAGCGACUCCGACGGCUCUAUCCAGCCGUUAAUGAAAACGAAACGCCGCUCCCCCGCUCCUGGAGCCCCAAAGACAAGUUUAGCUACAUCGGGCUGUCACAGAACAACCUCCGCGUGCACUAUAAAGGUCACGGCAAAACUCCCAAGGAUGCAGCAUCCGUGCGGGCCACCCACCCUAUCCCUGCCGCCUGCGGGGUCUACUACUUUGAGGUGAAGAUUAUCAGUAAAGGCCGAGAUGGGUACAUGGGCAUCGGCCUUUCGGCUCAGGGUGUAAAUAUGAACCGGCUUCCAGGUUGGGACAAGCACUCUUAUGGUUAUCAUGGAGACGACGGCCACUCCUUCUGCUCGUCCGGCACCGGGCAGCCCUACGGACCCACGUUUACAACGGGAGAUGUGAUUGGCUGUUGUGUUAACCUCAUCAACAACACCUGCUUCUACACAAAGAACGGCCACAGCUUAGGUAUCGCCUUCACAGACCUCCCACCCAACUUGUAUCCCACCGUGGGGCUUCAAACUCCAGGGGAGGUGGUGGACGCCAACUUUGGCCAGCACCCGUUCGUGUUCGACAUUGAGGACUACAUGCGGGAGUGGAGGACAAAAAUUCAGGCCCAAAUUGACCGCUUCCCCAUCGGAGAGCGCGAGGGAGAGUGGCAGUCCAUGAUCCAGAAGAUGGUGGCGUCCUACCUGGUGCACCACAGCUACUGCGCCACAGCCGAAGCCUUCGCCAAGUCCACGGACCAGGCCGUACAGGAGGAGCUGGCCUCCAUCAAAAACAGACAGAAGAUCCAGAAGUUGGUUUUGUCGGGUAGAAUGGGUGAAGCCAUUGAGACCACCCAGCAGCUGUACCCCAACCUGCUGGAACGGAACCCGGACCUCCUCUUUAUGCUCAAGGUGAGACAGUUCAUCGAGAUGGUGAACGGGACGGACAGCGAGGUGAGGUGUCUGGGGGGCCGCAGCCCCAAGUCUCAGGACAGUUACCCCGGCUCGCCGCGCUCCUUCAGCAGCCCGGUCCACAAAGCCGGCAGCUCGCAGUCCUACCUCACAGGGGUCGACAGCAACUGCUGUAAUGGUGUGGCGUCUAACAAGAGCCACAGCUCCUCCCCUCACAGUCACAAGCCCUGCCCACCUGGCUCUGGCUCCACCCUCCCAGUCUCCGACGUCAGUCUGAACGGGAGCCGCAGCCAGCUGCCCCUCACAAGCAACGACGUGGACAUGGAGGUCGACCACUUCACCAACGGAGUGACAGAACUGUCCUCCAAUGGUUUCCUCAAUGGCACUUCCAAGCACGCCACGGAGCCGGAGGACUGCGACGCAGACAUGGAGGUGGAGUCCACUCAGGCCAAGAGGCAGCUGUGUGGGGGGAGCCAGGCCGCCAUCGAGAGGAUGAUCCAUUUCGGCAGGGAGCUCCAGAGCAUGAGCGAACACCUCCGCCGCGAGUGUGGCAAGAACUCUGCCAACAAGAAGAUGCUGAAGGAUGCGUUCAGCCUGCUGGCCUACUCGGACCCCUGGAACAGCCCGGUCGGCUACCAGCUGGACGCCAUUCAGAGGGAGCCGGUCUGCUCCACUCUCAACAGUGCAAUAUUAGAGACUCACAACCUGCCCAAGCAGCCCCCCCUGGCCCUGGCGGUGGGUCAGGCCGCCCAGUGCCUCGCCAUCAUGGCUCGAACUGGCAGCGGCUCCUGCGCCUUCGCCUCUGUGGACGAUUACCUGCACUAGCCACAUGCACACACAAACACACACAAUCUCUAAAGGCCUGUCCGUUCAUGACCCCCCCCACAACCAACACCACCACAAGUGUAGUCCUCUUACCUGAGGGACCCCCCCCCUCUCUGCACGACUGCUAGAAAGCAAACCAUCUCACUCGCUUCUUGUUCCGCUUUGACACAGAUGUCACAGAGGUGUGUGUGCGUGCGGGGGGACGGGUCAUUUCUGGGGAGACCUUUAGAGACGCCAACACAUACAUUUAAACCCCCCUGCCCCUGUUCAUCAUAAAUAAGGAACUUUGCCUCCACUGUGUUGCUCCCAUUCUCCGGGCUGACAGCAGGGGGCGCUGCAGCCACAACUUGAAAACGCUCUGAGAGCCGAACUGACGGGGGCCCAGCCCUCACAUAAGCGAGGGGGGAGGAGGCAUCAAGCCAAGGUGGGGCAGCCUGGCAACAGAAAAAUCAUCUGAGUGAACGUCACGCCCACACCCCCGUUCCUGUAAUCUUGGCUUUCCGUGCAAACCAACUUGACCCGUGAAGGCGGGGCUGACCCCUGUCGAGCCCCCACCCCCCGCAGUGGGUCACAACCGCCCCCCUCUCUCCCUCAGCUGACUCCUGGACAUGGGCGGAGCUUGGCAGGUGGACUCGGGACUUGGAAGAAGCCGGAGAGGAUCUGCGAUCUGGACUCAACGUUCCCGUUUUUAACCCCCUUUUUUUUGUUUGUUUAUUUUGUUUAGUUGUUGUGUUUCAGGGAGGGGCGGGGUGGGAGGCGGAGUCCUGGCUUUUCUUUUGUUUUUAGUUUGUUCAGGUUUACAUGACAAUGGUAAUUCUUAUCAUCAUCAUUAUCAUCAUAUUAUUGUUGUUUGCAUUCACAGUAUAUUUGUUGAGAGUCCCAUCUUAUUCUAAUAAAGGCCCGAUUCCACAGACGGCGCUGACGCGGCGCGUGUGUACAUGCUAGCAUCUAUACUACAGAAGUAUAUCAACAGAGCAUAUUUAGAGAAAAAACGUUUAAAAGCAGCCCUUUAACAAAGUUCGACACCAGCGCCCCCUUCCCCCAUGCAUGGCAAUCUUAGUUGUUCACGUUUUACCUCUUUAGGUUUCUGAUUCGGCGUUUCUCCGGAGAAAUUUUUUUUAUUUUUUUCCCUCUUUUAAUGGAACCCCGUUGUCAUGGUAACCCCUGCCCACUCCCAGUCUAAGCAGCAGGUUUGAUGCAAAAAUCUAGAAAACUCAGGAACUGAAACUCCUCCUUAUUUAGGCCCAACCCCCACCACUCCCCCGAUUGGAUUUUAAUUUGAGAGUUGAAGAAUCUGGCGGCUUCUGCGGGAUCUUCUGAGCUUCACGUUCCUGCGGAUUUUUCGAUUUAUUUCUCAUCAGCUGACGUCGGUAAAACUCGACAGAACUUUCACCAGCCUUUAUUUCUCCCCGUCACGAGGAGCAUCGAGUGUUUCGAGUGUUUCGGGCCUCCUCCAUCUGUUUUCCCCUCCACCCAUGAUCAUAUUUUCUUUCUUCCAUCUUUAAGGUUCUUUUCUUUAUUUUAAAUCCAGAUGACAAGCAGCCACGCCAUCCUUUGGAAAUCUUCUUAGACAGUGUUGUCUCUUUCUGAGUGCGGUCUGAACCUAUGCAUGCCAUAGUAAAGUGGUGGUAAGAUCCAGUUAGAUGUCUCUUCUGAUUCUUUUGUUCGCCUCCUUUAAGCCAGUUCACGGUGUACAAGGAAAGAUGUCAACCAGUUAAGUUUGUCCACUGCUGACUGUGUGUCCAUUGGAGAAAAAAAAAUGUGCAAUUUGUGUGAGGGUCAAAAGAUUUAUAUUAAAAUAACAAAUGAGAA